GUUGUUUGCUGUGCUUUUUGAAUUGAGAUCUAACAGUAGGCUGACACCCUCUUUGAGUUACUAUGAGGUAGUCAGCUGUCAACAAAGUAAACCAGCCACAUUUCGACAGUUUGGAUUAUUUGACCUUUAAAGUGAAAUAUGUAUUGAUACCAGUCUGAGACGUACGAGAUGUUACACAUUCUUUGAAGAGCGCUUUGAAUCGAAGAGGAAUUCCCAGGGAUUCUUCGUUGUAUUAUUGACUUAGUAGCUCGGUAGCUAGCUAAGUUAGCUAGAGAGGUUACUGAAUUUUACAGUUCAGCUGCGCUUGCUUCUCUUUCUGUUUUUUUUUUUUUUUUAAUUUAAGGUAGCAGUCAUCGAGGCAGACGCUUGGACAUUUUGGUGCCUCCUUAAGUUCCUGCCAUGGCUGACAGCAGCAUAGUGACUUUAGGGACGGCUCGGAGUCUGUUGGUGGAUUCUUCAGUCUGUGAUUCGAGGAUCGCUGAAACCACCAAGGACCAUCUGUUUCUGGACAUGGCAUGUGAAGACGGGGAAGAUGCAUUGCCAAAAGUGGAGACGAGAGUUGUUCUGGUGGGAGAAGCGGGAAGAAAUGGAGCGCUGUUGAAAGCACUGCAGGCCAUCAGAGUAAUGGAGGUACCAGUGGUAAAGAUAAGAGAAGGCGAAGCCGGUGCUGACGAGAAAAUGAUGAUAAAAUCUAUAGUCAAUAUGGAUAUCAACACACCAUGCAUAAUUACAGACAACGUCCAGGAAUUCGGAGAUGGAGAGAACGCUGAUUUCGAGACGGUGUUCGUCCUCUCAGACUUUGAUUCUCCUGACUACAGCUACCUUUACAAACGAGAAAACCGCAUCAUUGGGCCCCCGGUUGUGCUGCACUGCGCCGCAAAGGAGGAACCUCUGCAGUUUUCAUGUCGUCCUCUGUACUCCACCACAAUGCUUAACCUGUCACUGUGUUUCACUGGCUUCAGGGACAAAGAGGAAAUGAGGAAUUUGGUGAAUCUGGUUCAUCAUAUGGGCGGGACCAUCCGGAAAGACUUCAGCACCAAAGUUACUCAUCUCAUCGCUCACUCUACUCAUGGAGAGAAAUACAGGCUGGCAGUGUGCAUGGGGACGCCCAUCCUCACUCCGUCAUGGAUUCUCAAGGCCUGGGAGAGAAGAGAUGACAUGUACUUCCAUGCAGGAGAAGAGGAGUUUCGAACAGAGUUCAAAGUGCCUCCGUUCCAGGACUGCAUCCUCAGUUUUUUGGGUUUCUCGGAUGAAGAGAAGGCCAACAUGGAGGAGAGGACUCUCAAACAUGGUGGCAGUUAUCUUGAGGUUGGAGAUGAGAGGUGUACACACCUGGUGGUGGAGGAAAACACGGUGAAGGAGGUGCCUUUUUCUCCAUCCAAGAAACUCUUUGCAGUCAAGCAGGAGUGGUUUUGGGGAAGCAUUCAGAUGGACGCUCGGGCUGGAGAGUCUAUGUACCUCUAUGAGAAGAAUGACAGCCCAGCCAUGAAGAAGGCAGUGUCCCUCCUGUCUCUCACCACCCCCAGCAGUAACCGUAAACGGCGACGUUUGCGGGACACGCUGGCACAGCUCACCAAGGAAACGGAGAUCUCCCCCUUCCCUCCACCACGCAAAAGGCCUUCAGCAGAGCACAACCUGUCCAUGGCUUCACUGCUGGACAUCUCUAACACCCCCGAAACAUGCAAGGCCUUGGCAGAAGAUAGAGCAGGGAACAAUUCAGAGAGCAGAGGAGUCAAUACUGUGGCCAGGAAUAAGAUAAGAAGGAGGAAAACCAGGGAAAGAAGGACUAUGACAGACAGGGAAGGGAGGAGGAAAAGAUCCUACCUGAGUACAAGUUUCCUUCAAGAACCAGCAAAGGAGCAGCAGCCAGGAACUUCUGCAGAGAGUUCGAAGCCAUCCAAGAGUUCCACUCCAGUUCUGUCCAAGCAGUCAGCCAGAUGGCAGGUCUCCAAGGAGCUCUACCAGACUGAGAGCAACUACGUAGACAUUUUGAGCACCAUCCUACAGCUUUUCAAGCUUCCACUGGAGAAGGAAGGGCAGGUGGGCGGACCCAUCCUGGCCCAAGAAGAAGUGAAGACGAUAUUUGGCAGCAUCCCAGACAUCUACGAGGUUCACUCCAGAAUAAAGAGUGACCUUGAGGAGCUUCUGACAGACUGGUCAGAGGACAAGAGUGUAGGAGACAUCAUUCUUAAAUACUCUAAAGAGCUGGUGAAGGCCUACCCACCCUUUGUCAACUUUUUUGAAAUGAGCAAGGAGACCAUUGUUCGUUGCGAGAAACAAAAGCCACGCUUCCAUGCUUUCCUCAAGAUCAACCAGGCCAAGCCAGAGUGUGGCAGGCAGACGCUGGUGGAGCUGCUCAUCAGACCUGUCCAGAGAUUGCCCAGUGUGGCCCUCCUUCUUAAUGACAUAAAGAAGCAUACAUCAGAUGACAACCCAGACAAGAUAACACUGGAGAAAGCAAUUGAGUCUCUGAAAGAGGUCAUGACUCACAUCAAUGAGGACAAGAGGAAGACUGAAGGCCAGAAGCAGAUCUUUGAUGUUGUUUAUGAAGUUGAUGGCUGUCCUGCCAACUUGCUGUCCUCCCAUCGCAGUCUUGUUUACCGGGUAGAAACGAUCGCCCUGGGAGACCAGCCAUGUGACCGUGGAGAACAUGUCACGCUCUUCCUCUUCAACGACUGCCUUGAGAUUGCAAGGAAGCGACACAAGGUGAUCAAUACAUUUAAAAGUCCACUGGGACAGACCAGGCCGCCGCCGCCGCUCAAACACAUUGCACUGAUGCCGCUGUCCCAGAUUCGAAGAGUUCUGGACCUGCAGGAUACAGAGGAGUGCGUGAACGCCUUCGCCUUGGUGGUUCGCCCUCCAACUGAACAGGAGAACUUGUUGUUCAGCUUCCAGCUGGCCGGAGAGGAAACGGUUAAAAGUGCCUGGCUGCGAAAACUUUGCCGCCAUGUCGCCAACACCAUCUGCAGGGCUGAUGCGGAGGACAUGAUUCAGUGUACAGACCCAGACUCACUACAGGUCAGCACCAAGGAUAUGGACAGCACCCUGAGCAAAGCCUCCAGAGCCAUCAAGAAGACCUCUAAAAAGGUGACCAGGGCUUUCUCUUUCACAAAGACCCCAAAGCGUGUGAUCCAGAGGGCCUUCAUGGCCAACAAUACUCCGGAUGAGAAAAACCAGAGGCUGAGUUGUGAGAACCGCAUGUGCAGCAGCUCCACUCUGGCUAUGUCUCGCUCUGCCUCCACAUUCAGUUUGAGUGAUUCUGCCAAGAGCAAUGCCGUGGUGCAGCGCUCUAACUCUCUGGACCAUCCUCCUGUAAGAGCCAGGGUCCCUGUUUGUAUGCGUACCCCCUGUAGCCCAGCCCAAACCCCUGCCCAUAUCCCCGGCCACAACACUGCCCCUGAGUUCAGCCAAAGCCUCUGCCCCAACUAUUGCACAAACACCCGAGAACGCAAGUCCAUCCUCCAUGCUCCACUGUCGACCCAGCCAGCACAACCGCAUGCAAACCUCUACGCUUCCCCACAGGCCACCUCAUCAACUGGUCCCACUUCUACUUCCAUUCCAGCUGUUCGAAACCCCAAAAACUCCCAGCCAAAAUCUAGUCAGCAUGUAUCCAGACACCUUCCCACUGUAGGGUUCCAGACAAGGUCCCUGGCUCCUCAGCCAGUUACUUUCAAAGGCAUGACCUUUUCUGAGUCAUGCAAGGAUUCCCAAAUCCCCUUGGACCCCCGCAGUGCUGUCCUGACCAGUCCUCGCAGGGAGACUCUGCUUUAAGCCAUCGCUGAAUGGAGUCUGGAGUCUGGAGUCUGACGCACGCCAUUCCCCCUCCAUGGUCAAUCUGACAUCCAUGUUUGAGAGGAAGUAUCAUACAUUUAGUCGUUCGACCACACACCUGUUCUGAGACGUUGCUGCUCCGGCGCACCACCAGGAGUGAACUCAUCUUUUUACCUUCUUUGUCCUGACUGCCACUGACAGUAAGAUCUGACCUGACAGACGUCUGUGUGCUAAGUUGAAGCUACCUGUGGAGUACGGCAAACUGGUAUUUGUCCAUACUGGAACUCUGCACAGACUUUCCAAAUCUAAAAUAAAUGGCGUUCUGCCACAUUUUAAAAAAAUGCACUGAAGUGAGGGACUUCAGUCUGAUAUGUGCCAGUAUCAGAGUUGUCCAGCUACUAGAUUGCUCACUAGCUGAAACUUAGGCUGUGUAGGUUAAAACAAUAAACCAGUUGUUCACCCACCUGAUGCCUGUCGUGUUCAGCUAAGGUGUCUGUGUUGCUGAGAAUUCAGAGGGGGUAAAUAUACCUUUCUUGAUUUGACAAAGCAGUUUGGUGUGUCUUUCCAAACACGCACAAUGCUUGAAGACUGCUCUGCUCACUCAGAGCUAACUGGAACGGUACUGCACCAUGGGAGGGGCUAUAGGCGUGUGAUUAGCACUGUGCUAAAGUUUGCCUUAACCUUAAAAAAUGAAGGAUGCUCUGCUUUUUGUCUGCAAUUGUUAAGAGAUCUUCUUGACAUUGUCUUUAACUUACUUAAAUGGAACAUUGUUAUAUUUUGUGUUCAUGUGUUAAACUGUUCAGCUUGCUGGCUGUUUACCAUUGUUCAGUGAAGUAUUAACACUAACUAUACACAAAGUAAAUAUCAUGUCUGUCCUCUAGGGACUUCAUGCUGUCUCCAAAUGUCCCUGGAUGAUAGUAUUAUUUCACUUUGCCAAGUAAAAUUACAUUUAAUUUUAGAUGUUCAAGUAUUUCUGUUUAACAAAUGCAGGUAGUUAAGCAUUGUGUUUUAUGUGCUAGUUAAAGUUACAAGGUUGAACUUUGUUGCCCUUUACUGUGUUGUUGCUCUUUAUUUUUGAAUAACCUGCUCAGUGAGAGACCCUUUAUGUUAACUGACAUUUAAUCUUUUUUUUUUUUUCUUUUUUUUUUAUUGUCAUGGAGUAGACUUAAAUUUACCUGAUAUAAUAUUAGCGAUUGUAAUUAACCGAAAAUGUAAACUUAUGAUAGCUUCCAGCUUUUAUAAAGCUUCUAUUUUAACUUUUAAGAGAUUUGGUUGAGAAGAAUAAAAGCACUUACGCUCUUCUUCCUUGUAUGCCCGUCCACAUUUUAAAAGAUCUUUUUACAGUAUGACUAUGUGUUUAUCUGUGUGUGUGUGUGUGUGUGUGUUUAUAAAGGGAUGCUGCAUCAGUGUACAUAUUUAUUCCUAAUGAAUGCAUAUAUCUGUUUUUGUUUUUCCUCUUCCUAUUUAUGUUUAUUUCUUCCACUUUUAUGUCUGUCAGUUCUGUAAUGCUGUUUUCAUUGAGCUUCAGUUGUGUCAUCUCUGUAUUAAAUGCACUUAAACGUAUAUCUAAUGUUUUAAGCUUGUGUUUACUCCUGUGUUUCUUCUCACCAGAACGUUCUGAAAAACAUUCCCACUAUUUCAUUUGUAGCGGGUGUGGACCAAACAUGCCAGGUCAUUCAUGUGAAAAUAAAUUCUUUUAUUUCUUCUUUA